AUGCAGGUGUGGACAGUUGCAAGUGCUUUGGCGAUCGUGGCUCUGAGCCAGCAGGUUGCAGGCAAGUCCAAGUCGGACAAGGAGCGUCCGGGGAUCUGCGAGGAGACGGAAGACUGCAAGACGAAAGGGUACGAGUGUGUCGCUCUGCAGACGACGCGUUCCGGCACGGACACGGUCAAGCAGUGUCUCCCCAAGGUCCAGGACAUGGACGUGUGCUCGGGGCAGUACCCGGGUUUGUGUCCGACGUUCUCGUCCUGGGCGAGUCCGUACAAUGAGAUCAGCAGUGUCUGCACGUACAAGCCCGCGGACAAGUGCGUGAGCGGCAAGAAGGCGUCGUCUGGAGACGGCGUCAUUUGCGUGGACGGAGCCAAGGACAGCGACGGCGAGUCCAUUGACGCGAUCUACGGCUGUGUGGACUUUGACACGAGCUCGCUCGAGGUGCUCUUUGGCGAGGACGAUGCAACCGAGUUUUCCGACAAGCUGGGCACGACUGCUGCUCUUGUUGAGAGCUGCUUGAGCACGAACGCAACGAGUAACUCGACGUUGCUGUGUUCCGGCCAAGGCACGUGCACGCCCGACUCAAUGGGCUCGCUGGUCUACAACUGUCGCUGCAAUGUUGGCUACAGCGGCGACACGUGCGACGUCAUUGACUCGAACAAGUGCCAGCUCCCGGGUCAAUGUGCUACAGGAGAGUGCAACUUGGAGACGAAGGAGUGCGAGUGUGCAGCCGGCACGACGGGCGACCAGUGCUCCGAGUGUGACGCCAAGUCGGACAAGGCGUGCAAUGGGAAGGGCACGUGUGCGGACUCGUCGUGCGAGUGCGAGGAAGGCUGGGAAGGUCUGCACUGUACCAAGGAGAGUGCAGUCAAGAAAGAAUCUAAGCCCAAGAAGGGCUCGAAGUUGUCGGACUCGCCCAGUACUUCGAGUGGCGCUGUGUCGUCUCGUCCGAUGACGAUUGUUGCCACGGGCAUUGUGCUCGCUCUUGCAUUCUUCCAGUAG